AUGUUCAUAGAUGUUGCCGCUGGCGGAGCAUUGAUGAACAAACCUUACCCUGAUGCUUGUGCCCUGAUAGAGGACAUGGCCCAAAACCACGCCCAGUGGGGAAUAGAACGAGCGGCAGUAGAGAAAAAGGAAAGCCGUGGAGGAAAGCAUGAGAUAAGUUGCAUGGACAUGAUGAAUGCCAAGAUGGACGCCCUGGCCUUGAGAGUUGAGAACAUGUCUCAAAACCCUACCACAAUGGCAGGAAUUCAAUCGGAGUGCGAACUCUGUGGAACUCAAGGACAUCAAACCAUUGACUGGCCUAGAAAUCCUAACCUAAGCACACCAGAAAAACCUAAGGAAGAUGCUGCACCCAAGGACCAAGUAGAGGAACCAGAGAAACCCGAAAAGCAAUCAAAACCAGAAGUAGGGAAUCACACACAACAACCUUACAAACCACCUAUUCCGUUCCCACAAAGGUUGAAAAACACCAAAAUAGAAAACCAAUUCCAAAAGUUUAUUAAGGUAAUAGAGAAACUCCACGUAGAGAUCCCUUUUACCGAAGCAAUAACCCAUAUACCAUCAUAUGCCAAGUUCUUGAAAGAUAUUUUGUCCAACAAACAGCGACUCGACGAUCCCAAACCUUUGGAAUGUCAUUCCAUAUCCAAAAAUAAACUUGCCAAGAAAGACAAAGAUCCCAGAAGUUUUUCUAUCCCUUGCAUCCUAGGAAAUCAUAUGAUAGACAAAGCAUUUUUAGACCUAGGAGCGAGCGUAAGUCUGAUGCCUUUGGUUGUCUGUAAGAGGUUAAAAUUAGGAGAACUUCAGCCUACUAAGAUGUCAUUACAACUAGCUGAUAGAUCUGUCAAAUACCCCAUGGGCAUUUUAGAAGACAUACCUGUCAAGAUUGGUCAGUUAUACAUUCCGAUCGAUUUCGUAGUAAUGGAUAUCAAAGAAGACGAUGACAUCCUAAUCCUCUUAGGAAGACCAUUCCUAUCGACCGCCUGGGCUAUAAUAGAUGUUAAGAAAGGGAAGCUGACUUUUGAGGUAGGAGAUGAAAAGAUCGAGUUCAUUCUAUCGAAGUUUCUAAUGGCACCAGUAAUAGGAGAUGCGUGUUAUGCCAUUGAUGUCAUUGAUGAAUGUGUAAAUGAACUCGAACAUAACGAAUCCUUAAUCAGAUUACCUUCAACCCCCAUUUUAGAGGAUGACAGAUUUAAGAGUAUCGAACCUUACAUUGACGACAACCUUUUUGAAUGUUUAGCUCUUACCCCUGACCCUAUGCCGUGCACCAAGAAACCUGCCAUAGAACUUAAGGAACUACCCAAGAAUCUAAGAUAUGAUUUUUUGGAUGAGGAGAUGAAUCGACCUGUCAUAAUAAGCGCCACUCUAAACCAAAUCGAAACAAACCAACUCUUAGAUACCUUGCGAAAAUAUCCCUAA